ACAGAAUCUGGUGGAUUGAGUGAACAUUCAGUUCUCUCUGAUAGCGCAACUUCAGAAGCAACAGCAAUGGGCGCAUAUUGCAACGACGCCGUUUCGUUUCCACCGCGUUACGACGUCGUUUCCUCUCGAGACAAACACAUUCAUGACAACGUCCAUGGCAACAUCUUCAUCGAUUCUCUCAGUUUGAAGUUCAUUGAUACUGAACAGUUUCAGAGGCUUCGUGAAUUGAAACAACUCGGUUUCACACACUGGGUGUAUCCAGGUGCUGUCCAUUCAAGAUUUGAGCAUUCUCUUGGAGUGUAUUGGAUUGCUGGUCAAUCUGUUGAAAAGCUUAAUAGUUAUCAAGGCGCGGAGCUUGGUAUUGAUAAAUUUGAUAUGCAAACGGUGAAACUUGCUGGCCUAUUGCAUGAUGUAGGACACGGGCCAUUCAGUCACUUGUUUGAACGGGAGUUUCUUCCACAAGUUAACAGUGGUUCUCAUUGGUCGCAUGAACAAAUGUCGGUUAACAUGGUUGAUUAUAUAGUUGAGGAACACAAUAUUGAUAUUGAAUCUCAGAUGUUAAAAAGAGUCAAGGAGAUGAUAUUGGCGAGCUCCGAAUUUUCUCUUCCUAGGAGCUCAAGUGAGAAAAGUUUCCUGUAUGACAUUGUUGCAAAUGGACGAAAUGGAAUCGAUGUUGACAAAUUUGAUUAUAUUGCCCGUGAUUGUCGAGCUUGUGGUCUUGGGUGCAACUUUGAGUUUCAGAGGUUAAUGGAGACCAUGCGGGUUUUGGAUGAUGAGAUUUGUUAUCGUGCGAAGGACUAUCUUACAGUCCACAAGUUGUUUGCCACUCGCGCUGAUCUGUAUAGAACAGUUUAUACACAUCCAAAAGUAAAGGCAAUGGAGCUUAUGGUGGUUGAUGCACUUGUGCAAGCAAAUGAUUUUUUGCAGAUUUCAGAUACCAUUCAAGAUCCAGCUGAAUACUGGAAGCUGGAUGAUUCAAUAAUUAAAACCAUCGAGACUUCUCCAUUGGAAGAAUUGAAGGAAGCUAGAGAGUUGAUUCUGCGCAUUCGAAGGAGGAAUCUGUACCAGUUUUGUAACGAAUAUGCUGUUCCAAGGGAUAUAAUGGAUAAUGUUAAGAAAGUCACUCCACAGGAUAUAGUUUGCUCCCAGAAAAAUGGUGGAGUCAUGUUGAAAGAGGAGGAUGUAGCUGUUAGUAAUGUCAAAAUUGAUUUGACUCGCGGAAAGCAUAAUCCUCUAGAAAGCAUCCACUUUUUCAAGGAUUAUGAAAGUGAUGAGAAAUUUACAAUUCCCGAGGAACGCAUAAGCCACUUGUUGCCUGCAUAUUAUCAAGAUAUGAUUGUAAGAGUAUACUCGAAAAAGCCAGAACUGGUGGAAAAAAUUGCAGAGGCAUUUGAAAAUUAUCAGCUUAAAACAUAUGGAAUCAAAGCACAGGUUCAUUCGACACCAAAGAAGAAACGUCGUUACGAUUCAUGUAUAUGAGGGAGGGUCUUCUCUAUGAUUACCACAUUACUACUAAGAUUCAUGUAUAUGAGGGAGGGUCUUCUCUAUGAUUACCACAUUACUACUAAGAUUCAUGUAUAUGAGGGAGGGUCUUCUCUAUGAUUACCACAUUACUACUAAAUUUUUUGGCCUUUUUUCUUCCUUUUUUUGUAUGAUGCUUUUUCUUUUCUAUAUUUUGAAGUAUAGAAGCAUGCAUAUUUUCCACAAUGGAAAUAUAGUUGAGUCAAUAGCAGCUGUAUACUUUUUUGAAGAAUUGUUAUUUCCACUCCAAAAACAAAUGCUACACUCUGUUGAAGCUGUAAUUGAGUUUACCAUAUUAAAGAAAUCUAUUACAUGUAGUCAUGUAUGUAUAUAGCAAAUGAAUUUUUUUCUCCAAUGGUUAUUAUAGCUGCAAUAUUAGUUGAAACUUUCUUUCAUUACCUUGGUGUGACUGUGAAUGAUGUGCCAAAAGUACAAUUAGCCAUAGUUAAUACGGGAGAGGAUCUUAACUCCGAGAAAUGACAAUGGCGUGAGAAGUG